AUGCAGGAGGUGGUGAAGAAACGGCCGAUAAUCUCUGCUAGAGAAAGAGGUCAGUUUAGGAAGCCUGUGUGUGUGCAUGCAUGUGUGUGUUGAGUGUGUGUGUGUGUGUCCACAUGGACCGUGUUAAAGCUGAACUGUUUUUCCUCUGAAUUCUCUCACAGCUUCAUGCAGCCUUUCCUCAGCACUUGUUUGAGAUUUGCACUUUGUUUAGAAUCCAUUCCCAAACAAGCAGAGGAAGAACGUUAAAAUGCAUAACCAUAGAAAAUUAGUCAAAGAGCUCCAUAUGGAAAUCAUCAGAGACAAUGCAGCAGCCCCCCUCCCGAGCCAGAGAGCGGUGGGUGUGCUAUACAACUGCUGCUUAGAGCUGGAUCUGUUGUUGCAUCAUGUUCAUCACCAUCUUUCCUCCUCCUCCUCCUCCUCCUUUUCCCACUCUCAUUGUCAGGCCCGGGCCCUGGACGCUACGCUCUGCCCCCUACAGUCGGAUACGUCAACCAUGAUUUCACCAAGCCGAGCAGCCCGGCUUACUCCUUCCACAGCCGCAUGAGCAGUACAAGUGAGUUUUAUUCCAGAAAUCUGAACUUAAGGAAGCAAAAUUAGUACUUUUUUUCAGGAUGAAUAUUUUUGAUUUUCCUCUCAGAAGUUGCUGGUGUGUACCUAACACCAUCACCAUUUGGAGAAGAAAAACUGAUUUUAGAUAUCGAGGUUGAUAAACAAUAAGGCACUCACUCGUAUCAAAUACAGCCUCUCAGUUUUUUCUGCAUUUCUGACACUGAUUUUGGUCUCACAACCAUCCAAGAAGUGUUGUUGGAUGAUCUUUAUUUGUGGUGUUUUCUGUAGUGGUCUCUGUGGACUCCAGCCCUGGACCGAGGUAUCACAUCGAUGCCAAGGUCACCAGAUUUGGCAGGAUGGAAACUCCCUCUUACUCCAUUCUGGGCAGAGAAAGGCGCACGGGGAAAAAAGGUGAUAAAAGGACAAAAAAACGGUCACUUUUCAAUUCUGACUGGCCGUCUUUGUCAGGCUCAUGGUCAUAAAGCAUCAGUAAAGACACGAAAGACCAAACAAGCUUCUUUCGACAGGUGAGGUGUUCCAGACUCCAGGUCCGGGGGCCUACUGCCCGGAGAAGGCCCCACCUCUCAAUGCUCACCAAAGACCACCAUCCUACACCAUUGGCAGCCGCACCAGAUAUCGCUCUGUGGAUGCAGUGCCAGCACCAAACAGGUAAAGACAGCAGGAAUUAAAGGAGUAUGACACCUUCUUAUCUUUGAUUUAUAGAGCUUUGUUUUUGUCCAGAUCUGUUUUAUCAUCUGGAUGAACAAAGACGUUGGUGUUUCCAGUCAAUCAUACAUUUCAUGUUGAAUCUUUGUAACCAAAUCCUAUUGGUUACCAAAUUUACCAAUAGGAGCUGUCCAGGACGGAUGGCUCCCAUUGGUCAAUGUUCUUACAGCCCUGCACCUGCUAGUGUGAACAGAUUUUUCCAUUUUUUUUCUCUUCACUUUGUGGAAAUCGCACUACAGGACCAUGAUCGCCAUAUAAACGAGGUUCAUGAUAAUUAGCAGUGUCUCUAAUCGUCAACCAUGCCUUUAAUUGUCAUAGUCCACCUAUUGUUUAAAACCUAAUUAGGACAAACCUCUGUUUAUUUAUUAUUGUCUUCAUCCUAGGUACAGUCUCCCAAACCUGCUCGGCUGUCACAUUCCCAAUAAACCCUCCAGUGCCAGCUUCAGCUUCUCAGGCCGGAGGAAGGUCGGCGCUCCGUCGGAGGACCUCUCCAUGAGCCCCGGACCGGCAAAAUACAACAGCAUCAACCCAGACGUCUACCGCCAGCGUCAGCCCUCCUUCUCCAUGCAGAGUCGGACUAGGAGGCCGAACUAUUCCUCUAAUAUUCCCGGACCGGGCAGCUACAGCCCGGAGAAGUUUUACAUGCACCUCCCCAAACCGCCAUCAUGCACUAUGGGGGUCAGACACUCAGAGUUUGUCACCCCGCUGGUGGUGCAUGUAGUCGACUGA